AAACAAGGCCAAGUCAGAUGGCCAGCCACAUUCAGACGCCUGGAGGGGGAGGCUGCCACAUCCAGAUCCGGAUCACGGCCUGAGGCUGAGAGCGAGACCCCAGGGACUGAGUCAGGGCCUGAAGCCAAGGCCAAGCCCUUGGGGGCCAACCCCAGGUCCAGAUCGGGGCCUGACGCCAAGGCCAAGCCUUUGGUCUUCGUGGGCACAGAACGGGAGUUUGAGGAGGUGCUGGCCAUCUCGGGGGGCAUCUCCAGUGGCCUCGACUACUACGUUCCCAGCCACUACCACAGCCGGCUCCCGGAUCCCGACCGCACCGUGGUGCUGGCCAAGCGGAAAGCAGUGGUGGAGGAGACCGGGAUGGAAGGGCCGGCUCUGGAAUUCGAGACCCGAGGGCUGAGGAGAUCUCCCCGGGCAGGUCUGGGCCUGGCCUGGCGCCCGGGGUGGGGACGACGGAGUACUCAGCGUGUGGGAAGAGGCGAGUCCCGUAAGCCGAGAGACCCGGGUGGGGCGGAGGGCCCCCUAACGGCGUCGGUGAGCAGAUCGUUCUGGAGUCGGCGCCCUUGAUCGACGCCAGGGAGACCGUGCUGGUGGAGGGGCUGCGCGUGGCGCCCAGGGAGCGCGGCAAAGGCGUAGCGCGACAGUACCUGGGGGUCAGGGUGGCACAGCUCACGCGGGACAACCAGCUGGGCCCCCGUGAGUUGAAGAAAUACCGCCCAGUCACGCAGCAGGUGAGAAGGACCCGGGAGCUCGCAUAACCAGGCGUCCUCCCGCCUUGCGCAGUCACCGGCUUGCUUUCUCUGCUGAGUCUGCCGAGUGGGGGCGCCCGUGAGCCCUGCACCGGGACUCGCAGUCCUGACCCAGGCCCUUUAGCCUAGUGGCGGUCAAAAAGCUCCCGACCCCCAGCGGUCCAACCCUCAGUCCUUACUCCAGAGGGCUGUCGAGCCCCGGCGUCCGGAGUUCCGUGACCCUGCCUCCCCUCUAUUGCUCCUGCUUCUCUUCAGGGACCCAAAGAUCCUGAUCUGGGCCUUUGUCCUUUCCCUGCGCCUCCCUUAUCCUACCGACUAAUCUGCUUCCCACCCUUCCCCUCCCCUCGGAGACCCAGGGCCCCACACCGACCUCGCCCCUCCUUGGGGAUCCAGGCACAUAUUCAGAGGCACGCCUCCUGCUGUCGCCCUCCGCACAGCUCGACGAGCUUCCAGAGGGACCAUUAUCCAGGACUGGCAGCCCUACCGGCCGAGGGAAAGCAGCCCGCGCCCGCUGGCGGCCAAGGCCUGGAGUGGCGCGUGGACAGCCCCGCGUGCUCACGCUGUGCACGCGCCCCUUUCCCACCUCGCAUGGCGGUGACGGCACGUGGCGCUACCUCAACAUCAGCGCCUU